AUGGCCAAUGAGACUUAUGCUAUCGCAACGGCCAAUGAGACUUAUGCUAUCGCAACGGCCAAUGAGACUUAUGGUAUCGCACAGGCCAAUGAGACUUAUGCUAUCGCACCGGCCAAUGAGACUUAUGAGCCCCAGUCAGAGACCCAGUCAGAGCUCCAGUCAGAGCCCCAGUCAGAGCUCCAGUCAGAGCUCCAGUCAGAGCCCCAGUCAGAGCUCCAGUCAGAGCCCCAGUCAGAGCUCCAGUCAGAGCCCCAGUCAGAGCUCCAGUCAAAGCUCCAGUCAGAGACCCAGUCAGAGACCCAGUCAGAGCUCCAGUCAGAGCUCCAGUCAGAGCCCCAGUCAGAGCCCCAGUCAGAGCUCCAGUCAGAGCUCCAAGCCCAGUCAGAGCUCCAGUCAGAGCCCCAGUCAGAGCCCCAGUCAGAGCCCCAGUCAGAGCCCCAGUCAGAGCCCCAGUCAGAGACCCAGUCAGAGCUCCAGUCAGAGACCCAGUCAGAGCCCCAGUCAGAGACCCAGUCAGAGCUCCAGUCAGAGACCCAGUCAGAGCCCCAGUCAGAGACCCAGUCAGAGCCCCAGUCAGAGCCCCAGUCAGAGCCCCAGUCAGAGCUCCAGUCAGAGCCCCAGUCAGAGACCCAGUCAGAGCUCCAGUCAGAGACCCAGUCAGAGACCCAGUCAGAGCUCCAGUCAGAGCCCCAGUCAGAGACCCAGUCAGAGACCCAGUCAGAGCCCCAGUCAGAGCCCCAGUCAGAGCCCCAGUCAGAGCUCCAGUCAGAGCCCCAGUCAGAGCUCCAGUCAGAGCUCCAGUCAGAGCUCCAGUCAGAGCUCCAGUCAGAGCCCCAGUCAGAGCUCCAGUCAGAGCUCCAGUCAGAGCCCCAGUCAGAGCUCCAGUCAGAGCUCCAGUCAGAGCUCCAGUCAGAGCCCCAGUCAGAGCCCCAGUCAGAGCUCCAGUCAGAGCCCCAGUCAGAGCUCCAGUCAGAGCUCCAGUCAGAGCCCCAGUCAGAGCUCCAGUCAGAGCCCCAGUCAGAGCUUCAGUCAGAGCUCCAGUCAGAGCUCCAGUCAGAGCUUCAGUCAGAGCUCCAGUCAGAGCUCCAGUCAGAGCUUCAGUCAGAGCUCCAGUCAGAGCUCCAGUCAGAGCUUCAGUCAGAGCUCCAGUCAGAGCUCCAGUCAGAGCUCCAGUCAGAGCCCCAGUCAGAGCUCCAGUCAGAGCUUCAGUCAGAGCUCCAGUCAGAGACCCAGUCAGAGCCCCAGUCAGAGCUCCAGUCAGAGCUUCAGUCAGAGCUCCAGUCAGAGCCCCAGUCAGAGCUUCAGUCAGAGCUCCAGUGA